AACCAAAAAAAAAAAACCCAAACAAAAAAAAUCCCCAACCCCUCCCUCAAAAUCUUCUCUUUUCUUCCUAAAACAAGCCCGCCCCGCCGCGCGGCGCGGUGACGUCACGGGCUGCCGCUGUUGUGCGACGUGGCCUUCAGCCGGCAGCGCAGGCGGUAAUCAUGGAUCAGGUAAUGCAAUUCGUGGAACCCAGCCGUCAGUUUGUAAAAGACUCCAUACGACUGGUUAAAAGAUGCACCAAGCCUGACAGGAAAGAGUUCCAGAAGAUUGCCAUGGCAACAGCAAUAGGCUUUGCGAUAAUGGGAUUUAUUGGUUUCUUUGUCAAACUGAUCCAUAUCCCAAUCAACAACAUCAUUGUAGGUGGCUGAAUAUUCAUUGUGAAGAACAAGACGUUGUGACGCUUGCUGCAAGGAUUUCACAGCUUUAACUUGUUUGCUAUUAAACAAGCUCAGUUUGGGUUUUCAAA